UUUCAUGGUCAAUAAAUUUUAUUAUUAUAUAUAAAAUUUACAUAUAGUAUAUUAAUAGUAAUAUUUAUAUAUUGAGAAUAAUUCAUGGAGAAACCCGAAACAACUUUCUAAUUAGCUUAAUACCUAGAAAUAUUUCGUCAAGCUUUAAAAUAUAAGAACUCUACCAGAAAUUGAUAUCUCGAAAAAAAGAAAACUAAUUGUUAAAGUUUUAUUUUUAUUUCUGAAAAAUUCUCGAUUGAUAUUUUUGAAUUACGAUACAAUGAGUUUUUGAAUUUGAUUUUAACAAUAGUUAUUACCGGUUAUAAAGAGCAAACAUUCUAAAAAUAAACAGUGAUUAAUAAUAGUAAAUGACGUAUUAGAGUUUCGUUUAUCUGUUAAUAAUCAUCUAAUUCUUCAAGUGACGUGUAUACAUUAUUUUCCUCAUACGAUAGACAAUAGUGUGUUCAGUUUACAGUAAAGAAAUUGAAGGAACAACUAGUUGAAAUAUUUUUUGUAAAAAUGAGUGUGAAACAUCUAAAAUCAGGUUCCAUUGCUCCAGCAGUAGUUCCAGGAAAACUGCGUCUGUAUGCGAUGAAGUUCUGUCCGUUUGCACAACGUGCUCGAUUAGUUCUUGAUACAAAAAAAAUACCGUAUGAUAUGGUGUUCGUAAAUUUGAAUGAUAAACCCGAGUGGCUGACUGAAAAAAGUCCUCUAGGCAAAGUACCGUUCAUUGAAUUCGAAGACGGUGAAAUUCUCUACGAAAGUCUUAUCGUCGUCGAUUAUUUGAACGAGGCUUAUCCUGAGACGAAUUUGUAUCCAAGUGAUCCAAGAGCUAAAGCGAAGGAUAAAAUUCUGAUUGAACGUUUCAAUGCAGUAACUAUAUUAAUGUACAGACUUUUCACGUCAACAAAAAUAGAUCCUGAUAUGUUUGAAGCAAUGUUAAAAGAACUAGAAUUUUAUAACGGAGAACUAGUUAGUCGCGGCAGUUUAUUUUUCAAUGCAGAUAGACCUGGUAUGGUAGAUCUAAUGAUUUGGCCAUGGUUUGAAAGAGUUGGUAUUAUUUCGAUUAUGAAAGGGGACAAGUAUACUGUUCCACACGAACGAGUUCCUCGCAUUAUGGAAUGGAAAGAAGCUAUGAAAAAACAUCCAGGUGUUGCAGUCAGUUAUCUUGAGCCAGAUUCUCAUGCUAAAUAUAUGCUAAGUCAUCUAAAUGGUAAUCCACAGUAUGAUUUUUAGAAAUUUUUUUAAUUCUGAUAAAAAUAUUUAAUAUUAUAUUAUGUUUCAUCAUAAAUAAACUUUAUUAUCAUAAAAUAUAAAAUAAAAAUACAAUAAUGUAUUGAAAUCACGAUAAUAAAUGGAA